AUGAAGAAGGACACGCGCGCGGAAGUCAUGGGAGAGGCGGAGGACGACUUUCAGACCGCCAGGAUGCACUACGAGAAGGCCCGAUUCGCCCUCGUGGCAGCGCUGUCGAGCAUAGACUCGAGGAAGAAGUACGAGUUCAUCGAGUCCAUUGCCUCCACCAUGGACGCCCACCUGCGCUUCUACAAACAGGUGCCUCUGCCCUCCACACCGCUCUCUCUCAUCUCUGUGCCCUGUGGUCACUGGGCAUUCACCACCCUCACGUUCCACCCCUCGUCCUCCUCUCUUGCAAGACACCACCACCAUCUCCCUGCGCCCAUCCCCCUGCGCCCAUUCCCCCGUGCUCCUCCUCUCCAGGUGCUGACAUACGCGCAGCAGGCGCGGGAGCACGGGAACCAGGAGCAGGCGGUGCUGGGGGAGCGCAUGGGCGAGUACCAGCGCGACAAGGAGAUGGAGCUCGCGCGCGGGGACGAGAGCGCGCAGGCCGCUGAGCGGAUCGGCGCGGGGGGCGCCGGGGGAGGGCCGUACCAGGCGCUGCUGGGGGCUGGUGGCAGCAACUCGCUGCACAAGGCCAUUGAGCAGCUCAUGGCGUCCACUCCCAAGGGCAAGGUGCACGCUGGGUGUGCGCUGGGUGCGUGCUGGGUGUGGGAAGGUGUGGGAAGGGAAGGCAUGUGUGGCAAGGCAGGAGGCGGGGGAGACGAUGGGGGCGGGGGAGGGGGCGGGGGGGGCGGGGGAGGGUCGGUGUCGAAUCAUGUGCUGAACCUGCUGACAGCGACGAUCAAGAUGGACGCGGAGCAGUCGGACCUGCGGUUCUGCUUCCGGAUCAUAUCGCCCGUCAAGACGUACACGCUACAGGCGGAGAACGGUGCGGAGCGCAGCGAGUGGAUGGAUACCAUCACUGCUGUCAUCGCCACCCUGCUCAACCAGCAGCUCUCCAACCCGGCGCCGUCCUCCUCGCUCACCACUGGCAGCUCGCACCUAUCCAGCGACCCCUCGUCCUCAUGGCAGCACACACGCCCAUCAGACGGCUCUGCAACCGACACAUCCUCUUCCUGUGCCACGGCAGCAGCGCACGUGGACCGGCCUCUGCAGCUGCUGGCGCACGUGGCGGGCAACCGCUGCUGUGUGGACUGCGGGGCACCUGACCCUGACUGGGCAUCACUCAACCUGGGCGUCCUCAUGUGCAUUGAGUGCUCCGGCGUGCACCGGAACCUGGGCGUGCAUAUCAGCAAGGUGCGGUCACUGACUCUGGAUGUGCGGGUGUGGGAGCCGCCAGUGAUUGCACUGUUCAAGGCGCUGGGGAACGAGUUUGCCAACACGGUGUGGGAGGAGACAUUGCAGCGCCACAGUUCAUGUGAGGCAGAGGCAGGGGAGCAAAGCGAGAGUGCAGAUUCCAGUGUGGAAGCACCGGCAGGUUCCACAGGGCGUGCAGCAGCGCAAGUCCAGGCCGGCCUCAGUGCCACCAAUUCCUCCUCCUCGUGUGCAGCAGAAGCAGGGAAGCCGUCCCCUGGUGAUUCUGUGGCUGUAAAGGAGCGGUUCAUCCAGGCUAAGUAUGGUGGCAGGGAGGCAGCGGAGGAGCAACUGUGGCAAUCUGUGUGGGAUGGGGACUUACAGCAGGCUGCGAGAAUUCUGUUCAACGCUGGUCUUGAUGUCAACAUGACACGCAGAAAAGGGGGAGCAGCAAGUGAAGGUCACGGGGGUGCUUCUAUCUGCUGCUACCUUCCCAGCAGCCACAAGCAACGCAACUCACAUUCUUUUGCUGUUAACAAUACGAGAGGGCCGCACAUGGAGCAGAACCGGGACAGUACAGCAUCUGACACCACGCUAGCUAGUUCCUCAUCUGGUGUGCUGGCGCAUGGGGAGGCGGAGCAAGAGGAUGCGUCAUAUGGGUGUUGUCUGCUGCACGACGCCUCUGCAUUGGUGCCUCUUACUUGGUGUCUCUGCCUGCGCCAAGCAGUUGAUAGCCAGGGGGGCAAGUGUCUCUCUAAGAGACUCGUAUGGGCAAACGCCUUUGGAGGCAGUGAUGGAACAGGGGGGAGCCAUUACUGA